GUUCCGAGCCCGCGCGCGGCUGGCGCUGGCGCUGCUCGCUCGGUUGCCGCCGCCGGUGCUGGUGGGUCGGAGAUGGAGAGCCAGCUGGUGUCGGAUAGCGAAAGCGACGAGACGAUCGUGGAGGGCUCGGUCCAGGACAGUGAAGAUGAGGCGGAAGACCGACGCCUGGAGAGGAUGCUAUUUAUUCACAAAAAUGCUUUUCAACUGUACCAUACAAGUGAUUUCACUUCAGGGAAAGAAGCCCCAUUUGGAGGAAGUUCAUCUCCUGUUAUUCAGCUGAUACCUAAAACCAAACGUUUUCAAUUGCAUAUGAAAAAUCAACAGCCGGUGAAAACUAUGGCUUAUGAUGAUGCAACACAGUUGGGGCAAUCACAGAGCUUACUGAGAUCAGGUGUGACAUGUUUGACUGGUGUAUCUGGCAGUGAAGGAACUACUCCCCAUGUGACUUAUAUUGAUAUUGAACAUAACUACUGUCAAGAAGAUUCAGAAGAUACAGAUGAAACAAUGUUGGAUACUGAGAUGAGUAAUGAUCUGCCAGCCCAAAGUAGUCAACAGGAAAUUUCAGAUAAUGAAAGUACUCCAGAAAUAAAUUUGAUCACUGGAGCUCUUAUUACCUCCUGCACAUCGACACAGGAGAGGAGAAUAGCAUUUGCUGAUGAACUGUCUGUAGGAAACUGUGCAUCCAAUAUGCCAUCAUUGUUUUCAAGUCAUGAUUCCCUUGUAGAAUCAUUUAAUGUUUCUAAAGCAGAAACAACCAAUGCAAUACGAAGUUCACUAUCACAAGCUUUACCCCAGGAAGACAUCUCAGCACAAGGGAAUCUUGAAAAAAAUACAAGCUCCAAAUCUACAAGUAAUGAAAUACUAAUAAUGGACUUGUUAAGACCACUAAGCAAUGAAUCUAGAAGUAGCUCUCUUACAACAAUAAAUCUCUCACCCCUUAUGGAUUCUCUAGAUGCAUUGAGCGAUGGUGCAGCAACAACAUCAUUAGCAGAAAGACAGGAUGCAUUGCCUGUAGAAUUGUUGGCAGCAAUCAACAAAAUGCCAUUAAUGACAACAGUUCUUCCAGUCAACGAGACAGUGCCAUCAGUUAAUGAGAAAUUGGCAAUUAAUUCAUCCACUCAACGUGUAGUCAAAGAAAUAUUGUCUUCAGUAAAUGACAAAGCUGCAGCUGAUUCAUCCAUUCAGGACAACCCAGAACUCAAAGCAUGUAUAUUUACACUGCAUGACAAUAAUACAGAAAUCAAUGAAGACCUCACACAAAUAACAGAUAAUGAACCAAACUUAGAAUCUUCAAGGGAAACUGAACACCUGCAGAAGAAUAUUGAGUUUUCAAAUGGCAAGAAUAAAAAUGAAGCAGAUACUUCCAAGUAUGAGUUGAUGGACAAGUUAACAGAAAGGCAAACUUGUAAUGUGCCUAAUGUGAGUCUGACAACUCCUUCACAUCAGGACAAUGUAGCUGGUGCGACCAUCCUACGAAGAUCUUCUAGGAAAAGGGUUGCAACAAAUUUUACUUUUCCUUGAAGAUGAACUGAUCAUAACUCGAUCUGCUUCCAACAUUGCUGCUAUAUUAAAGUGCCGCAAGACUAUGAAAAGAAAAAACAUUUAUGGAGAGACAAAAUUACAUGAAGCUGCAUUUAAUGGCAAUGUAAACCUGCUUCGUGCCCUUAUUCAAGCAGGUGCCAACGUAAAUCUGCCUGAUUAUGCAGGUUGGACAGCCCUGCAUGAAGCAAGUAACAAUGGAUUCCAUGAAGCUGUGUUGGUGUUGUUAUCAGCUGGUGCAGAUGUUAACUCAAAGGGGUUGAAUGGUAUAAUUCCUCUGCAGGAUGC